AUGGCUUCUAUUGUUCUUCUCUUGUCUGAACUCCUCAAGCAUCAAAGGCCAGACCCACACUUCCUAUUAUCACCACCUCCUCCUCCUCCUCCGCCUUCUGCCGCCUCGGCUCCUCCAUACUCUCCGGCCAACUGGGUGGUUUCCGAGAAGUCGCCAAGAAAUGCUAUGGACAACUGCAACAAGGAGAAGGAAGAGGCAGCUGUUGAUGAAGAUCUUCCAGAAUCGAUUGAUCCAGGUUCUGCUCACCAACUUACUACUGCUCACCCAGGUUCUGCUACUCUGCAGCCUAGUUUUGCCGUCCAACAGCCCAAUUCUGUUGUCCUGCAACUCAGGUCUCCUUCUAUGCCUGCAGGUCCACAGUCUAGUGUUGCUGUUCCACAGCCUAGUUCCCUUUUGCCACAGCCUAGUCCAUUUUUCACAGCUACUUUUAUCCCUCUGCAACCUACUUUUUCAGACCCAUCUGAUCUUGCUGUCUCCCCUAAUCCUUCUAUACCUAUACAGUCCAUUUUUAUACCAGAUGGUUUAUAA